AUUUAAUCACAAAAAUAUAAUCCUCACGCAGAACCAAGCAGAAAUCAAUAAAUUCUUAGCGACUGGCAGCACUGCCAAAACGCACAUCAAUUGUCAACAACACAUGUGUUUUGGAGCGACCAACCAGCAGCAUUUGUUUAUUCGAGAAAAGUUGGAGUAAAUCGUUAACUAAAUAGAAACGAUUAUUUCAAAGAUUUUGUGACGUUCUUUGGCAUUGUAAAUUGGUAAAUCAUGAAAAGAAACGGAAGUAUUAUUCUCACACAAAAAAAGAAAAAGCAUAUUCAAACCCAUUCGGACGAUGAGGAUGACGAUCGCCUAUACAACAACGAAUCUAACGAUGCCGGUCAAGAGCACGAGGAUGAGGACGACGAUCUAGCCGAUGGAAGUGAGGAAGAACAUGUUUCAGACGAAGAGGAUGAUGACGGGCAGGACUCAAAUGAGGAGGAGGAAGAUGUGGAUGACGAUGUCCGGAUGGACUCAAAUGAGGAGGAAGAUGUGGAAGCCGACGGUGCGAGUGGCGAAGGCGAAGAGCAAAAUGAUGACGGAAAUGAUGCUACCGAAGAAAGCAGCACUGCCAAAAUUCCAACCCCACGCAACAAGGUGAAACGAGUGAAACCUUUGGUAAAGACAAAGCAAAAGAAAACGGGCGUAAUAUACAUCAGCUCCAUUCCAAAGCACAUGAAUGUGACGAUCCUGCGAUCGUUGCUGGAACCGUUCGGCGAUCUCGGACGCAUUUUCCUGCAACCGGCUCAGAAAGAUGGUCAAGCUCGCAUGAAAACGGCCAGCGGUAAGUCGGCAAUGAUAAAGUAUACCGAGGGUUGGGUAGAGUUUCUUGAUAAACGCGUGGCAAAAGCGAUUGUGCCGAUGCUAAACAUGCAACCGAUCACGAACAAGAAGAAGUCAGUGUUUCGGGACAUCCUGUGGAGCAUGAAGUAUUUGUCAGGGUUUAAGUGGGUCCAUCUAAACGAGCGACUAGCGUACGAACGGGCCGUGGCCAAGGAGAAGAUGCGAGAACACAUUCAACAGAUUCGCAAGGAAGCUUCGUAUCACGAAACAAAAGUGCACCACAAAGAGGUGGCACUGAAAAAUGCCGCAAGGGAAAAGAAAGGCAAAAAUAAAAAGCAAUAAAUAAAAAUCAUUUUGUUAACGGCAAUCCUCCUAUCGCAUUGUAUUAUAGAAAUUUUUUUGUUUCAUUUAUUUUGGCAAGAGUAGUUACAAGGGUAAAAAAAUAGACAAGGGUCGUUGAGUGGAAUUAAAUUGUUUUCUGAUCCAUUACGAUCAUGCAUCUGAGAUCAUCUGAGAUUGUGAGUGAGACGCUAAAACUACGAUUGAAAUUAUGUGAAUUGGAAAAUGGAAUUUUUAGAACACACGUGAGUUUUAUUAAAAUGUACGAUGGCUUUUCCAGUGGUACGUAGGACUAACUGUCCUGCUAUGGGUAAAUCAAUAAGUCAAAGAAAACCAAGCCCACUAGUGUUACUAACCUUGAUCGACAACGGUUGUGUUGUGCCAAAGAAGAAGAAGUAGGAGAUGUUAGUUAAAAACAGACACUUUAAGGAAAAUGUUAAAAAUCGAGAGUUACUUAAAUACAAGUACCAAGUCGGACACUUACUUUGGGUAAGGUGGACCUAAUAUGAGACCUGUAGAAAACAUUGGAAAUUGAAGAGGUUCAUAGUAUUAAGUUCAUAGCAAUAUGAUAUGUUAAUCCUAUUGCUUUCCUUGCCCUGGUACGUACACCAAUUCUUGACCAAUUGCAACGAAGGUUCAUUCAGCCGUGAAUUUAGGAAUUGUUCGCGCCACUUACAACCUCUUGUAUGGAGAAUCCAAAGCAUUAUUGAAAUAUUGGGCAUUAACAGCUGACGUUGCUCUAGCAUAUAGAACAAAAGUCUAGAACUUCCCUUCAAUCGUUUGAUCGACUUUUUCAAGCUUUUUAACUAUUUUAAUAAAAAUGUAAAAAUGAAGUCUUAUUGGUGGUUCCGUGUCAUCUGCCGUUCGAACACCGUGACCAGGCUGAAUGCCUCUUAUUUUUGUUGAUUAAAGUAGUCCAAUUCGUGGUAAGAUAUUCGGUUUCGUGAAGUGCCUCAUCACCGACGAAUGAGUAAUAGCAUAACGCAUCUACCGAAAACCCUCAUUUAAGGCAUUAGAUGAUAUCUAUUCUUCACUAAUAGGAAUAUAAAGUAAAAUAAACAAACACAUUCGAUGUCCAUCUUUCCCGCUUUAGUGUCAGGAUGCAUAAACCACCAGAAAAAAAAGUUUUUACUGCUUUCAUUCUCGUUCUUUCGCCAUUUUUUUGCUUAAUAAUCACAACAACCCAUUUGUGUAAUAAACCUUCUAAAAAUAUAUGCAAUACACGUUGUAGAGUUUAAGAUCUGCAAUAGUCAAAAAUGUUCUCAAAUAUUAUGUUUUACUUUCAGUUUGGAUGCUGCAUUGUUGAAUUAUUUGACAAUUACAUUUAUCAUGUAUUUAUGAGAAGGGUCCAUCUUACCCGCAGUGUCCGUCUUUACCUACCUUCCCCUACAGUAAUCAUUUGUCAUAUUUAAAAGAUAUCCCUAGAAAGCCUCAAAAAAUGUCUGGUGACAUUCAUUACAUUGACUAAAUAUAUAUUUUACUAU